AUGUCCCAUUUUAACACAUUCCAUAAACAAAUUAUGCCGAAUUCUUUUUCCGAUACCGUUCCACAAAUAUCCCUUCCUUUCCCUCCCCAGAUUGAUGCCAUUGAGAUCGCGAACAAAAGGAAGCUGUCUCAAAUCAUGUUGAGAAGCCCUAAUGCCUUCCUAAUCUACAGAAAGGUGUUUUUGGAUCAUCUUUCUUCAUUAAAUCAUUGUCUCAAGAUGACCGAAGUGUCAAAAUUGGUUAGCGUUCAUUGGCGCAACGAACCCGAAAAAGUUAAAGAAGCCUAUAAGAAGAUUGCUAAUGAAGUAGAGGUGGUAUUAAAUGAAAGACGAAAAAGGAAUGUCUCGUUUUGUAGAGUUGUCUGGAAAAAUUCAAAGUUAUUGGAACGUAAAAAAAAACGUAAAGCUACCAUGAAAAAAAGACAAUCUACCGGCGUUGAUUUUGGAAAUGUUGGAACCGAUGCGAUCCCGAACAGACUCGAAGAGGAUGUUUCCUUCUCUCGUGAAGAAACAUCUAGUGAAGAUAUAUAUUCGAAUUCAAUUUCUGGCUCUCGUAAAAAUUCGAUCGAUAAAAUUAGAACGGUAGAUGACUUCGCCAAAGUCAUUGAAUACGAUUUGCCUGAUGAGAACACUCUUAAUAUCGUGGAAGAGUUCGAUCUUCCUCAUAAGCUAGAAGACGAUGAUAUCGUAAAUUUCGAAUAUGACAAUAAAAUUGCAUUUUAUUUGCAAAAUUUCUUAGAUUAA